AUGCAUUACCCACACCGACAACGAAGCAACACUCGCCCCCAUGCAUUACCCACACCGACAACGAAGCAACACUCGCCCCCAUGCAUUACCCACACCGACAACGAAGCAACACUCACCCCCAUGCAUUACCCACACCGACAACGAAGCAACACUCACCCCCAUGCAUUACCCACACCGACAACGAAGCAACACUCACCCCCAUGCAUUACCCACACCGACAACGAAGCAACACUCACCCCCAUGCAUUACCCACACCGACAACGAAGCAACACUCACCCCCAUGCAUUACCCACACCGACAACGAAGCAACACUCACCCCCAUGCAUUACCCACACCGACAACGAAGCAACACUCACCCCCAUGCAUUACCCACACCAACAACGAAGCAACACUCACCCCCAUGCAUUACCCACACCAACAACGAAGCAACACUCACCCCCAUGCAUUACCCACACCAACAACGAAGCAACACUCACCCCCAUGCAUUGCUCAUUCUAA